AUGGAAGCCGCCGGCCCUCCAACGCAGCCGCCGGCGCCGCACCCAUUGGUGGCUCCGUUGUCGUUUCUGCUGGGCAAGUGGCGCGGCGAGGGCGAGGGGACCUUCCCCUCCAUCGCCCCGUUCCGCUACGGCGAGGAGAUCCUCUUCUCCCACCACCCUUCCAAGCCGGUGAUCUCGUACACGCAGAGGACGUGGAAGGCGGCGUCCGGCGACCCGAUGCACGCCGAGAGUGGGUACUGGCGGCCCCGCCCCGACGGCUCCGUCGAGGUGGUCAUCGCCCAGAGCACAGGCCUCACCGAGGUCCAGGUGAAGCAGAUCACGAGGGCUUUUCAGGUGGUGGAUGGGGAGCUCUCGUACGUCGUUCAGAUGGCAACAAUCACAAACAGUCUACAGCCGCAUCUGAAAGCGCUUCUCAAGAGGAUCUGA